GAAUAUCGACUCGCCAAAAUUCAUGCUGCAGCUUAGAUGAAAGCAUCGUCUUGCGCGAGGUAAGAUGAGCCUUGGUGGUGCGGGCGGUGGCGGACGUCCCAUCUCGCCGGCGAGCUCAGGGCGCGCUUCUCCAGUCCCACGCAGUACGCGUCGAGCCGUCGAGGGCGAUCUAUUCAAGGCAGACAAAAGUCUUCGAAGAUAUGCCGCCAACAUUGAGCGAGCGCUCUCGACUUGGGAGAUUUCGCCCGAAGAAUGGGCAGACUACAUCGCCUUCCUGGCCCGACUUCUGAAGGCUAUCCAAACGCAUCCAAAAGAUGUCCCGAUCCUCCCUCACAGCGCUGCAAUUGCAGCUAGAUUGGCACAAUGCCUGAACCCAGCACUACCGUCGGGAGUGCAUCAGAAGGCGUUGGAAGUGUACGCUUACAUCUUUUCUGCCCUCGGAAGGGAGUACAUUUCCGGUCAUUUGCACGAGCUAUUACCAGGUCUGGCGUCGGUUUUGUCGUUUGCAUCAUUAUCCGUCCGGCCUGCACUCUACGAGAUACUGGAGAAGUAUGUGGUGCAAUUGGAUCCAUCCGAGCUCAGGCCUGCUCUGAAAUCACUUAUACUGGCAUUGCUACCUGCACUGGAAGAGGGUCAAGGCGAAGAUUUUGAGCGUGCCUUCACUAUCUUGCAUUCGCUCGAGCAAUCAUUUUCGGUGGACAAUGAGGAUACUCUGUCCGACGGAGACUCGGGCGGCUACUUUUGGCAAUGCCUAUUCCUCGCUAUCAUCACCAGUCCUGCCAGGCGACAGGGUGCCUUGAACUACUUGCUUAGAUCACUGCCUGUCUUUCCUGGGGCGACAAAUGUACCGGGGAAUAGAAGCAAGCCGACACGCAUGCCUAGAGAGGCGGAAUGCAUCGUGUCUCCUGAACCAGGACUACUUAUACGUUGCUUCGUAUCCGGACUUUCGGAUCCUCAGGUCCUUGUCCAGAGGGGCUUCCUCGAUCUUUUGGUCACAAAUCUGCCCCUCAGCUCCACGGUGCUCCAAGAGCGAGCCCGAAAAGAGGAUCUUGAUCGACUUGUGACUGCAGUGUCGCAAGUGAGCUUGCGAAAAGAUAUGUCUUUGAACAGACGUCUCUGGAGUUGGUUCCUAGGCCCUGAACCCAAAGAUACUACAGAUGGAGAAUCUUCGCCAAAGCUCGAACGAAAAAAUUCCGACGACCCGAGCUCCAAUUUCCAGUUGAAGUAUUUCCUUGCAUACGGCAGAUCAAGCCUUGAACGAUGUGUGCUGAAGAUGCUACAAACAUCCGCAACUGAUGCAGCUUCCCGCACGCGUGCGUACCGAAUCUGCUCGUCGCUAAUGGAUCGCUGGGAAAUUGGAGGUCACCUGGUGACGCGAGUUUUUCUCCCUGCGAUGAGGUCUUUGCAUAUCUAUUCCAAAACAGCGCCUUCUGAACAGGUGGCUGAGGUCGUCAGAAGCGCGAGCACUUUUUUCGAUGCUGUUGAAGCCAGUCUCAUCUGGGGCAACAUUAUUGAAGUACUCACGGUCGCCUUGGACAGUGGUGGCAGCAGGACGGCAGAUCUUGAGCUCGUGCGCUGGCUGGUUGAUACAUUCAACGUAAGAGACGAAGAAAUGAUCGCUGCUCACAUCCCGAUGACGCUUCUCUAUCUGGCGAGCCGGGUCACAUCUGAUGCGAUCACCAGCAGUGCCCGAACGCAGAUCAUUCUGAUCAUGUCACAGCUCCUUGUCCUUGUUCCAGCACGGCUGUUGCGCCCGCAGAGCGAGACAGUGCAGAGUGGUGAUGUCGCAGACAUGACCAUUCAAAAGUCCAUUGUCCGCUUCUAUCAGCAGGAAGAACAACCGGAUAGCAAACACUUGCCCUUUGGGCUUGCUCACGUCGUGAGCCUGGCGGGUUCCAGAAUAUGCUCCGUGGUAGAGAAGUCACUGGCAUCGGGCAACGGCGAUAUUUUUCUCAAGAGCGCGAAUUUGCUGCUUGCAUUGCUGGACAAGGCGAGCAGUGCGGACGUGCUCCGACACUCCAACAUUGCCGAUGCCUUGCAGGCAUCUUUUGCAGCGCCCGGAGCCGCACCAGCACAUGAACUACCGUUCGCAAUCGUGAACCACACCGUCUCACUCGUUGCAGCAUUGGCCACGGCGAAGUCGAGUCCCUACUUGGAUACCGCGUGGGUGGAGUCACUUGUACCGGGUCUUGCAACACACUUAUGGACAUACAUGUCGCCUGAGCAACCAAAGUAUCAUGUUGAAGCAGUGCGAGCGUUCUGGCAGCUGGAGGACUUGGUCGCCCCAUCGGAUGCAGCCCAAUCAUCUUUGAAGGCACUGAUACGGUUUCCGCCAGCCGGAACAGAUGAAGCUGAGGUGGCAAGACGUUUCGGCGUGCUAUGGACACAUUCGGUGUCUUCCAGUCACGAUGGCACCGCCGUCCGGCGCGCGAGCACUAUGCCAGUCUUGUCAGGAGUGAAACAAGCUGCAGCUGCCAAAGAAGUCCUCGAGCAGCCGCUGAUGCUCGCACUUGACGCCCUCGAAGACCCGGCCCUCCCUGUAUUUGAAGUCGUCAAGAGAUGGCUGCAGCGUCUGCAUAGUCUCGAUCAAGUCUAUUUUACGUUGUUCGAGAACCUUCAUGGGUGUGUGCCGAUCGAAAGACCCACCGUUGGUGCAUCGCACAGGCAGAUCGAGCGGCAGGAACAGGAUCGCAUCAGAGAGCUCGAAUACUUCGUAAGCCAUUUCCAGAACAUGCUGAACCAUGGCAAUGAAUGGACUUGGCAAUGCCUGAGCAAGAUCAAAGUUGCGAGCUUCUCCAAACCCGAAGAGAUUGAUGGUUUCACUGCACUUGCCGAACUCUGUUCACAGAUGCUCUGUAGCGAGAAACACGGAUCGCUCACACUCAACAAACGACUCUUAUCGGUAUUGGGUAUGAUGCUGCAAAGUCCGGCCGCAGCAGCACUGCAGCCGUUGGACAUCGAUACUCGAUUACUUGACAUAUUGACGAUGUGCAUCUCUGGGGAUAUGCACUCUUUGCAGGGAUCGCUGCUCAAGCUGCUGAAGCCUGCGUUGAAACUGCGCUUGAUACGCCCGGCAGCAGAAGGUGACUCUUCUCAACCUAGGCCUUCAGUGUCGACGGCCGCAAAACGGCCAUCUAUGAUACCACCCUCGCGAUCACAGACCGCCGUCAAUGGAACCUCGACAAGCGCUGCUAUCAGUCCACCGCCUAGUCUAUUCAAUUGCAUUCGAGCUGGCAUCUCCAAUGCGCGAUCUCGAUACCAUCUGGAUCUUUGGCUCGAGUUCCUUGCCGACAUCCUCCCGAAUUUUGAGGAUGCUAUCUUCACCAACCUUCUUCCACUCGUAGAGACGUUCUGCAAGGAGCUCACGGCAGCGCACGAUCAAUUAGCCAGUAUCUCACGGGAGACGCACUCUACUUCAGCGAUUGCCCCGGAGAUCGCAAUCAUCAGCUUGUUGGAUGGGCUGGAAAUGAUACUAGAUCGGGCCUAUGAGUGCUUGAUCAACGACACCUCGACCGAGCAGACGCCCAAAGAAGCCGAGCCUCGCUCUAACUUUUUCAGCAGUGUGGCCACUGGCGUGUUCAAAUCCGAAGGCCCUCCGAGCCGCACGGCUACUGCAAAUAGUCGUCUGACAGUCAUAUUGGUACUCCACGAUGCAAUACGCGUGGCGCUCAAAAUGUGGCUGUGGGCUAGUAAUGUUACAAGCCCUGCCGAGCAUGAUACGAUCAGCGCAGGAACAACAGCGUACAACGCUUUCAAAGUGCGCAACAAGUGUCGCCAUCUUUUGGAGCAGAUCUUCGCCGUGGAGCCGCUGGAAAGUCUUGAAGUGAUUGCGCUACAUUGGUGCCAAGCAACCUCAUCCACUGAAGCGACAUCCACGCCGAGUCUACUGCAAGUCAUGCAGGUCACGAAGCCAAAGAAUGUGGUACCCGCUGUCCUUGACGCCUUAUGCACACGCACAAACCCGUCGACUAUACCUGCAUCCCGACAGUCAAGUCUGACCAUCGAUCUCUUGCCGGCCGAAGUCGCAACUUUCCUGUCCGCGUAUUUGGACUCAACAGAAGACGAUGCGAUGGACGAGGUCUGGCCAAACUGUAUUGCAUUCCUUCGAGAUGUCCUUGCCAAUCCUUUGCCUUAUCGCCAAGUGCUGUCGCAUCUGCUCUCCAUUAUUCUGCUACUCGCGGAGAAGCUGGGCAAUACUAACUUCGGAGAGCAGAGGAAGAUGCGAAAAGAUCUGGGUGACACAUUUCAGCGACUUCUCACUGCCGCAUUCACGACACUACCAUCGGGAUAUGUCGCAGAAUCAGCAAGUGAGUCGAUGCAUGAAGAUGACACAAGCUCCAGGCAGGCGAAGAACGAAACUUCCAUGACGCUUUUGCCGGUGCUGAACCGUGUGACUGCAAAGAUCGAUCUCAUUCUUGACACGCCAGAAAAGAUAGCGACGGCCAUCAACAACAUCACACAGAGCCUCGUUGCACCAGCACUUCGUGCGCGAACGUUCCCGAGGAACGUUUCCAUCGAUAUGCUGCAACUAGUCGUGCAGAUUGCACGCAAAGCACCAACCGCGAAGCCUUGGAGAAAGGAAGUUGGAGAUGCGCUCAAUGAACCUAAGCUGUUAGCGUCCUCGCCCGAGCUCAUGAUGAAUGGCUGGUUUCCGGCAUUCCAUCAGUUGUCACUUCAGGACAAGGAACGCAUGCCCGAUCUAUUACUUCGCCUGGCACCGCCAUCGAGUGCAGGCAUAAUGUUCGGAGUAGGCGCCAAUGCUGCCCGUCUGGAGGCUGAUCGCAAGACUCAAUACAACCUUCGUCGCAUAAGUAUGCUAUUCUUGGCAUCGCCGGAAGACAGUUAUGUGCCUCACCUCCGAACGAUCGAAGAGAAAAUGUCGGAAUUGUUCGACGCGAGCCCGUCAUCAUCACCAUCCGCGGCCAUCAAAGCUGAACUUUUCAUGCUCUGUAGAGUUCUUGCACUUUCGAUGAGCGCGGCGCACUUAUCGCCCUUCUGGCCCAUUAUCAACGACAAGCUACAGACAGUGCUCUCAUCUCUUAUGCCCGACAGCACGGAAGCGGAUGAGUUCAACAAUUUCACCUUACUCCAAGCCUGCAAACUACUUGAUCUGCUUGUCACAUUGUCUCCAGACGAGUUUCAACUGCACGAGUGGCUUUACAUCACCGACACAAUCGACGCGGUGUACCAGCCUAUCAAGUGGACACCAACGGCACUUUCCGACCAGAUCGCAGAUGCUUUGAGUUCUGCAAAUGUGGACGACGGCAUGCCUGGGACCGCGAACGUUUCCGCGCCCGCUGGGAAACGCACGCCCCUUCUCGGCCGCGAUCUGGGUGUGGAUAGGGAAGACGUCAAGGCGAUGGCCAAGGAAGAUUUUGCUCGUGCUGUGCUGCGGCCCUUCCUGAAUCAGCUGAGCAUUCAUGCAUAUGAGGGCGUAUACAGCAUGGACACUCCGGACGUCGCUGCCUUGAGGCAAGACGUGCUUUCUGAUUUGUUAGAUCAGAGCAGCAUUGUAGAGUAAAGUCUGCCAUAAAUUGGUCCUACUGCCCUGCGCUCCAAUACCUGACCAUCAUGGCAUUGCGCUCAGCCGACAACUACCUUCUAUCGUCGCUUCUGCAUCAAGUUGAGCUAAGGUGAAAGCACUAACAACUGAGCGGCCGCAGACUGCAGCCACCGACUUGCUCAAGCUUUCAUAUCAUGGUCACGACUGAACACCUGGCAUCGACACUGCUGCAAUAAGCAGCCUCGUUGAUCUCGUGAACCAUCAGCGCACCACUCAUCGGCAUCAUCCCGCCAGAAAAGUAUCUGGACACGUCCAAGACGGCAGUGAGGCGGUAGAGUCAGUGUCUGCGCGACACCGAGUCUGUCCGGGUUGGCAGAUCCGCCGUGGACGGCCUCGAACUGGCGCGCAACAAACAGGAUGUGAGAAAGCAGUAAGCACUGUCUGUCUUCACCCGCAAUUUCAAGAGUUCGGAUCGCAGAACUCAUUCUGGCAGCUUCGAAGGUGAAGGCGCCGUCUCUGCAAGCACGCCCAGCACCAACAAUGCCGCAUCCACGCGCACGAAGAAGAGUGGAGAGAAGGAAAGAGUGAAGAGAAGACUCCGCGCCCGAAGAAUGCAUUCAUGAUCUACCGUCUCGACCUCCACCUCCACGCGACCGUUGCAGCUCAGAACCUUGGCAUGCACAACAAUGACAUUUCCAAGAUCUUUCUAUGUGCAAUGGAAGCUGGGAGCAGAAGUGGGAAAGGAAACUGAGCUCACACUUGUGAAGUCUUGAGCCAUGCUAAUGAACCGUUGGGCGAUGCAGGGGAUACCUGCAGUUGCGGGGAUGUUGUGGGAGCAGGCAGGCCAUUGCGGGAACACACGCCAAGGACGUGAAGCGUGUAUGAAAGUCGUCUGCAGCUGACACGCCAAAGCCGUCCAGACAUGUGCGAGGUAGUCAGAGUCUACAAUGGGUCGAGACUGAUCGUGAAGGAGGUCUCAAUUACAUGUGCUCCAGCUGAUACCCGCGCACAUAAAUGGCAGUCUGCA